ACUUUUGUCACAAUUGUAUGCCUUUUGAGUGUGCGAGUUGUGACGCGGGACCGUGAGAGAUGGAGACGAGUGCCGAGUCUGGCAGCAUGUCGCCGGCGCGCGUGAAGCUGGAGCCCGAGACGGACCAGUCGGAAAUGAGCAUUGUUAAAGAAGAAGCUGUAUUCCUGGAUGAAGAGGAGCGUGUGAAGGAGGAGUGGUCGGACAGCACGGCCGGGCGCGGCGUGAGCGAGGCAGCCAUGCUGGCCGACUUGUACAUCGAGCACGAGGUGAAGGACGAGCUCGUGCUGGGGCCGGAGCGCCCGCACCGCCCCGUAGUCGCCCCGGCCGCGCUAUAUAAUCGUGUCGCAGCGUCCGCUCUCGUCUCCCCUGCUGCGGUGUCGGGUGUGCGCCGCUCGUGCUCGGUCAGGCUGGAGCGCCUGCUGGUGGACGCGGCGCGGCGCACCUGCCGGGUCGCGCGCCGCACGUACAAGCUGCGCGCCGCCGAGCCCGCGCACACACCCAGCGCCAUCGCCACCGAAUAUCAGUGCCACCAUUGCGGCAAGCGGUUCAGGAACAAUUUAGACGCUUUGUGUGUGCGGGGCUUGAGUGGCGGCAUCAGAAGCGCAUGCAGAGGCGCCUCCACCAGCACGACGAGCGCCGCCGCCGCGUCGCCGGAGAACCUCCACAGCUAA